CGGGGCCGCUCCUCCCUCCCUCAGCGCAGCCGCUUCUGUCCCUCCCCAGACUGAAGGCUCCGGCCGCGCCGCCGCCAGCGGGGGAGCCUCGGUCCCGGCGGGCUGUGCACGGCGGAGGGGAUCGUGGAGGUGGUGUGGGCCGAGCUCCAGGUCCCGGAGCACCGCGAGUGGUGUCGGGCGUUUCCUCAGGGCGCGGAGCGGAGCUGAGCUCGGUGGUUCCGAAGAGGACGGUUUAAAUUGUUUUUUUUACUGCGGUUUCGGAAGGGUCGGGACGCCCCUUUCGGGAUCCCCAGAGGGGCUCCCGAGACAGCCCAGCGAGGUGCAGCUUGUUACUUGGUUCCUCCUUGGGAUCUCCCUCCCUCCCUUCCAUCGCAAAAGAAGUCUUUUGCAUUUGUAUGCCUAUUUUUUUCGGUUCUCUGCACAAAACCCCGUUUUGGACUGUAUCCAUCAACAGGAAAGCCUUGGAGGAAGCGUCCAGGAGCAGCGAGCAGUCCCCUCACGAUGUGGACCUUUCUGGGUAUCGCCUCCUUCAUCUACGUGUAUAAAAAGUGUGGAGAUCUCAUGACUUAUGCUAACAAGGAGGUGCUGCUCUACAUGUUAGUGUUUUUCUCCCUGGGCUUGCUGCUGUCGUACAGGUACCGCUUCAGGGGGGCCAAGCAGCAGCAGCAAAAGACCCACCUGGGGAUGCUCUCUGAUGUUCUUGCAACUUUACCACUUGUUGGCUUCUUCUGGGCCAAACCCACCGCGGGAUCUCAACAGGUUGAACAACCCAAAUCCAGAAAGGGUAAAAGAGACAUAAACUUCUCAGAGGUGUAUCUGACAGAGACAUCUCCAAAUACAACAUUAUCACCCCAAUACAACCCAGAAAUUAUCAUUGUGGGAUCAGGCGUCCUGGGUUCUUCCUUGGCCACGGUGCUCUCAAGAGACGGAAGAAAGGUGACUGUUAUAGAGAGGGAUCUGAAAGAACCUGACAGGAUAGUUGGAGAAUUGUUGCAACCUGGAGGUUUUAAAGCACUUAGAGACCUGGGUCUUGAAGAUGCGGUAGAAGGUAUUGACGCACAAACUGUAAAUGGUUACAUAAUUCAUGACAUAGAGAGCAACUCGGAGGUUGAAAUUCCUUAUCCAACAUCUGAGGAUGGGCGCGUGGCCAGUGGAAGAGCUUUUCAUCAUGGCCAGUUCAUCAUGGGUCUCCGAAAGGCAGCUAUGGCAGAACCCAAUGCAAAAUUCAUUGAGGGAACUGUGGUAGAAUUGCUUGAGGAAGAUGACUGUGUCGUGGGUGUUCAGUAUAAGGACAAAGAAACUGGAGACACCAAGGAACUCCAUGCACCGCUCACUGUUGUUGCUGAUGGACUUUUCUCCAAGUUUAGAAAACACUUGGUCUCCAACAAAGUUACUGUUUCAUCCCAUUUUGUUGGUUGCAUUUUAAAGAAUGCACCACAGUUUAAAGCCAAUUAUGCUGAACUUGUGCUAGCUAAACCCAGUCCAGUGCUUAUCUAUCAGAUUUCUUCAACUGAGACUCGCGUCCUUGUUGAUAUUCGAGGGGAAAUGCCAAAGAAUUUAAAAGAAUACAUGAUUGAGAACAUUCAUCCACAGCUACCUGAUCACUUGAAGGAGCCAUUCUUAGUAGCAGUUCAGACUGAUCGCUUAAGGACGAUGCCUGCCAGCUUCCUGCCCCCUUCAGCUGUAAACAAAAAAGGUGUUCUGCUUUUAGGAGAUGCAUAUAAUAUAAGACACCCUCUGACUGGUGGAGGAAUGAGUGUUAUUUUAAAUGAUAUUAAAAUAUGGAAGAAUUUGCUCCAGGAUAUUCCAGACCUUUAUGAAGACUCUGAAAUUCUUCAGGCCAAAAGGACAUUUUACUGGUCAAGAAAAAAGUCUCAUUCUUUUGUAGUGAACGUCCUUGCCCAGGCCCUGUAUGAACUCUUUGCUGCCACAGAUGAUUCCUUGCAUCACCUGAAGAAAGCCUGUUUCCAUUACUUCAGGCUUGGUGGAGAAUGCGUCUCAGGCCCUGUUGGAUUGCUGUCUGUGUUAUCUCCUAAGCCAAUGGUGCUGAUCGGCCAUUUCUUUGCUGUAGCAUUAUAUGCUGUUUAUUUUUGCUUCAAGUCAGAGUCCUGGAUCAUGAAGCCUCGAGCAUUUGUCAAUAGUGGAGCCGUUCUUUACCGGAGUUGCUCGAUAAUAUUUCCACUUAUUUACUCUGAAAUGAAGCAUUUAGUCUACUAAAAUCCAGGGGGAAAUGACUGGAGGAAGAAAACAUGAAAAUCACGAUGCCUUCAAAGUCUUUGGAGCUCUACUAUUUAAUAGUGCAUUAUGUUUUCUUCUCUGCAAAAUGUGAUUUCCUUGAUAAGGAUCUGACUUAAUUUUGGUUUUGUGGGUAUAUACAUAUAUAUUAUAUGUAAAUAUUCUUUUCUUUGCAAUUUCAGUCCAGAAAGGAGAUAGCUAUUUACAAGGACCUUGAUUAUGUGUUGACACGUGGUAGAGAAUUGCCAGUUUUGUCAGAAUUUCAUCCCUUGCUUUUGCCAUUGCUGAGUGCACCACUAAUAUUAAUAAACCGAAAAGUGAAAAUGGUAAACCAUAUGCUGCUAUUUUCCUUCUUUCUUCCAUGCUUUAUCCAUGCUUGCUUCUCUUCAGACUUCUCAUGCUUCUCUAUAGACUGUUUCUUUACUGUGAGAUAGUGUAACAUUCUUAAUUUGGGUUGUUUCAUUAGGAUCCAGUCUCUUCCAUACCAGUUGCAGCUGAGAUACUGGUCUACAGACACUUAAAAGGACACUAUGAAGGAUUUCGGAUCUUGAAGUGUCAUCAUACCUUUAACUUCAGUCCCUGUUGCAAGUGCCAUGUUGCUCUUCUGAAAUCAUUAGUUACACCAGAAGUCAUUUAAGCAAGUAAUAAUCAAACCGUAGUCACGUGGCUGCUGCAUUGCACUCGGGUACUGGAAACGUCCUGGAACAUUCUUUCCUAUGUCCCUCCCUUGUCAUACCUGAGGGGUUUGGGUUGGUUUUGCUGGGGAGGGUGUGCAGCUGAAGCUUAACACUGCCACAGACUGAAGCACAGCAACAGACUGCAUCCACUGAAACAGAUUCAGGCCAGGUUAUUCCCAGAGACAGUAACCUUUAAUAUUACUUGUAAAAACUUAUGAGAAGUAGCACAAAGUGUCCUUUUAAUCCUUGGGGUCCUUUAAUCCUUGGGGAUUUUUUCCUAUAGAAAUUACUGCAUGCUACUGGAGAGCUUACGUCUUGUACUGUUGGUCACUCUUCCUCUCCAUGUUAUCACUAUCAGUGUGCUUCCCUCUGUUCUUCUGCGUUGUCAGUUUUCUUUACCUUUCUCAUUCAUUUUUCUUAUGGUUGCUUUGUGUAUCCCUGUGUGGCUCUGCUGUUUCGGCUGCCCUGAGCAGUCACCCAGCAGUGCUGAGAGUGCAGUAACGUGCUUCUGUACUGGUGAAACAUCUGGAAAACAACAGAUUGCACCAACUGCAUCGAAGCAUCCAGUUUGUGUUGGACUGUGGGGAAAAGUCUGGGGAGAGGCUUCUUUAGCGUUUCAUGGGGCAGAUGAUUCCAAAUGUUCUUUUCCAGAAGCAAAAGCAUUGGUGUUUUUCUCACCGUUAACACUGUCGUUACCCUAUUGAAAUCACACACACCAUGAAUAUGUCUGUGCUUUACCUUCAGAGUAAAGUACUCAAACUUUCUGAUAGCAUUCUCUAUGGGAACUAGGAGCUGCCCCUUGGAGGGUAACACCAAGUUUGCAGGGUUUAUACAAGUGUGUUCAAAAUUGGUGAUAAUUGUGAAAAUAUUAAUUUUACAUUUUCUGGUUUUUUUUUAAUUUGAUUUGCAGUCGGUCUCCUCAAAGUCCAGCACAGAAAGGGCCUGAGCCAAAUACCCAUCCUCAGCUCACUCUAAUAAAAGGUUAUGAUAUCUGUA